GUUAGUUAUUCUUAUCGAUAACUACGGUUGGCAAUUACAUGCGUGCAAACUCCAACUUCAACCUUGGAUUCAACCUUAAAAUUUAGCUCACGAAAUUGUUCCACUUCUACUUAAAUUCAGUAAGAUAAUAAAAAGAAAAAACACAAUGCGAGCCACGGCUACCAGAACAUUGCUACGACAAAGCCGAGCUCGUCCUGAGCUUGGGAGAGUCCACGACAUAAUCCGCCCACGCUGCGUCUUAGACACCACUACCACCACCACCACCCCGCUAUCCCUUCGCCCAUGCAUCCUUCUCCUACCCCAACACCCCGCGGGUAGCGGGAACCUCCGUGCCCUACACACGACCUCACCCGUGUGGAAGAGCAAAGCGCCCAAAGACAAGACGCGCGAAGACCACAAGAAGCAAGCGUCCGCCCCCCGCGGGAGCAGCAGCAGCAGCAGCAGCAGCGGGGACGCCGAAGCCGACGACCCCAACGGGCCCAAGCACCCGCCCGCCAACCCCGAAGAACCGCUCAACUUCGCGGACGUGGAGUCGCGCAUCCGCCGCUCCGACGAGCACCACCGGGAGCUGCUCAAGAAACUCCGGGUGGGCGGGCGCUUCAACCCGGACGUGGUGGGGGCGCUGCGCGUGCAGCCGGACCGCAAGGACCCGAGCGUGACGUACCCGCUGCGCGAGGUCGCGCAGGUGAUAUCGCGGGGCGGGCGGACCAUCAGCCUGAUCGCGCACGAGGCCGCGUACGUCAAGCCCAUCAUGAGCGCGGUCCAGGCCAGCGCCGACUUCAACCAGCAGCCGCAGCGGGACCCGGACAACGAGCUCGAGCUGAUCCUGAAGAUCGAGCCCGAGACGCGCGACGACCUGCUCCGGCGCGCGAAGGCCGUGUGCAACGACUGGAGGGACAGGGUUAGGAGCGUCAGGCAGAAGCGCGACAAGCAGCAUGUCACGUGGCGCAAGAACAACGAGAUCGGUCCCGAUCUCAAGAGGACGGCGGAUAAGGAGCUGGACAAGAUUAUUAAGGCUAAGAUGGUGGAGAUUGACGAUUUGGAGAAGGAUACGCUUAAGAGUCUGCCUGUUUAAGGGGGGGUCAUUGUUGACCUGGAGUAGAUAGGGGAGAGAGAAAAAAAGGGGGGGCUAUACGACCCGGCUUGAUCGGUAGAGGUAUGCAUAGUCGUAUAGCACAGAUGUAUUAUAGACUACCUGCUAUUGUUAC